UGUUUGACAGCUGCGGCAUAAAACAUAAACAAAACAGCUGUGUGUUUUUGUUCCCCCAAAAACAAUAGGCGUGAACUCGUCUGGUGCAGAGUUACAAUUUACACACAAAUCGUUAGCAUUGGCUAUUAAUACUUGUAACCGCUCAACGAAUUCCAUCAAACGAAAAACAAUCGAAUGGGUUUCGUACAGCGCGCCCUCUUCACGUGGUUCAUAUUGCUGGUGUUUAUGGUGGUGCUCUGUCUGCGGCUGGAAAACCGUAUCUACUGGAACUGGUUCCUCGUCUUCAUACCGCUAUGGCUGUACGACGUGAUACUGGUCGCGUGGGCCGUAAUCGAAAUCGUGCACAGACAGCACCGGUUUAUCUCGCUGCACCAUUACAAGUAUUACGUGGUGGGCAUUGUGUUGAAAAUUUUCUCCCAAAUCACCAUCUGUCUGAAGCUCGAGUACAAAUCGAUACCGAUGUACGUGAUGAUGAUUCCGAUCUGGAUGCUGUUGGCGUUGCUCAUCGUGUUCGUCGGUACCCAUCUGCAGCCGAAACCACGCUCGAUCGGAUCGAACCGCAGCAACCGACAGUCGGCGGGCGUAUCCUCCUGAGGGUAUUUGAAACUUCGCGUUUGCGAAAUCGAACCAAGCGCAGCGGAAUAGUAACGGGAUGGCCACUCCUCGCAGGGAGCGCUAAGCGGUUGCGGCAGCCGAACGAAUUCGGCUUUGAAAAGACUUGAUCAAAAACUAGUUAUUUAUAUUGUGUGUGCAAUGGCACACGUUUAAGCUUAAGCCAAUUGCAUUCGUUGUAAUGUUGUAUAUCAAUCUCAGUAAGGUAAUAAAACAUUUUUGGAAACAAAGU